GAGUCAAGUGUAUUUCUUGAACAGUUAGAUGUUCAAGAAAUUGAGGACCUAGACAGGAAAUCUGAAGACCAGCAAGAUGCUACCUUGGAUGAACACAAAGUCCAUGAAAUUCCUUUUGAAGAUGAAAGCACCCAGAGCCCUGCAAGUUUGGAGAGGCAGACUAUCAGAAAGCAGUGCAAGCUCGAGGACUGGACCUGCCAAAAAGGUGGCAUGCAUAGUAGCAGCUCAGGAUAUCGCAAUAUGAACCAACAACAAAACCCCCAUGAUUCUCCCAGGGGAUCUUCAGGGCAAGGUAGAAGAAGACAAGAAUACAGAGAACCUUGGGAAAACCCAUCUGGAAACAGACAGAGUCACUCCUCAGGAAGAUCCAGUCCACAGAGCCAAAGACCCAGGGAGAGUUCCAGCGAGAGGCAAGGCUCAGAAAGGGGAUCUUCAUGGCAAGGUAGAAGAAGACAAGAAAACAGAGAACCUUGGGAAAACCCAUCUGGAAACAGACAGAGUCACUCCUCAGGGAGAUUCAGUCCACAGAGCCAAAGACCCAGGGACAGUUCCAGCGAGAGGCAAGACUCAGAAAGCUCAAAUGCCUACUCUGACCUAGUGCAUUGCUUACGUGCUACAUGGCUGACAGGAAAGACCCGUCCAAAAGCGUAUCGAGUCAGUCAGCUGGAGGCCCUGUGCCACUUUCUGGAUGAAAGGCAGGCAGAUAUCCAGCAUGCCCUAUGUGCAGACCUACGCAAGCCCUGCUUUGAAACUGAGCUCACGGAGGUUUUGCCAGUCAGAAAUGAACUGGCCUAUGCUUUGAACAACUUAAACCAUUGGAUGAGGGAUGAAUGUGUGCACAAGAAUCUAGCAACACUGAUGGAUUGUGCCUUCAUUCGCAAGGAGCCAUAUGGUGUGGUGCUGAUCAUAGGAGCUUAUAACUAUCCUAUCCAUCUUACUUUGAUGCCCCUUGUGGGUGCCAUUGCAGCUGGGAAUUGUGUGGUUCUCAAGCCUUCAGAGGUGAGCAGCUGCACUGAAGCGCUCCUUGCAAAAGCAUUGCCUUGUUAUAUGGAUCCGCAAACCUUUGCUGUGGUGCCAGCUGGUCCUGAAGAAACAGGAAAAUUACUGGAAAAUAAGUUUGAUUAUAUCUUCUAUACAGGGAACAGCCGUGUAGGAAAGAUCAUCAUGACCGCUGCAGCAAAACAUCUGACACCAUUAACUCUGGAGCUGGGGGGUAAAACUCCCUGUUAUGUGGAUAGGUGCUGCAAUUUCCAGAAUGUAGCCAACCGAAUUGUAUGGGGAAAAUUCCUCAAUUCUGGACAGACAUGCAUUGCACCAGAUUAUGUGAUCUGUACAGUUGAAGCACAAGAGUUGUUGUUGCCUUGCCUGCGCCAAGCUAUCUGUGAUUUUUUUGGCCAUGACCCCAAGGAGUCACCUGAUUAUGCCCGCAUGGUCAAUGACAGGCAUUUCAAGCGUGCCCAAGCUUUCUUGGAAUCUGGCCAUGUGGCCAUUGGUGGAGAGACUGAUGAGAGUGAGCUUUAUAUUGCUCCCACAGUGUUGGUGAAUGUGAAAGAAUGGGAUCCAGUCAUGCAAGAGGAAAUUUUUUCACCCAUCCUGCCGAUAUUCAUUGUGAGAGAUGUAGAGGAAGCCAUAGACUUCAUCAAUUGCAGAGAACGCCCACUAGCUUUAUAUGCCUUCUCCUCAGACUCCAAGGUUGUGAACCAUGUACUGGAUAAUACUAGCAGUGGUAGCUUUUGCGGCAAUGAUACCAUGCUGCAAGCACUAUCGGUUGCCCUACCAUUUGGUGGCAUUGGAAUGAGUGGCUUUGGCAAAUACCACGGAAAGUUUACUUUCGAUACAUUUACUCACUUCCGUGGCUGUCUUUUGCGCAGCAUGGGCAUGGAGAUGAUGAACAGAUUGCGCUACCCACCAUACAACAAUAGGAAAUUGAGAGCAAUGGUUUGUAGUUGGGAGAUCAGGCGCAGUUGGCUGUCAGGUUAGGUGUGAGGCCUUGAAUCACAUCACCUGCAUUCUUAUGGAACUUCAAUCAAGAAUUUUGGUGUGGUUGAGAGAUCCCCCCCACUUUAUUAGCCUGUCCUAGAAUUUUGCCUCCAAAUAUCCUUGAAAAGCACUCUCUGUUUAGCAAACCUUAUUUUCACCAUCUUUGCAUCUUAUAACUUUUCUUUAUUCUGUAUCAGCUUCUAUAAAUUCAAUAUUUAAUAGUGGUUAGAAAACGUAGGGACACGCUCCAAUUCUCUUUGCACAGUUUUGGGUAUAAAACAUAUCUUCAUUUCCAGCAAGGACUAAUUAUACAAUUAAUUAAUUGUUCUAUAUAUUCUGUCAACAAUGCAUUUUCUACCUACAGUAUAUUUGGAUGCACUAAAGCCCAGACAUGCCCUCUUUAAUUAUAUUUCUUUCAAUAUAUUUCUCUACAGUUAUAAUUCAGAUUCAUUAUUCCAUCAGUGAUUUAUACAGUAUCCAGCACAAAGCAUAAUACUUUAGAAGUAUAGUAUGUCCUAUCAAACUCAGACUUGUUUUGAUGUAAAUCUGCUAAUUGCAAAUUUACUGGG